AUGUCCUCCUACACCUACCCUGGAUCAGGCAGAUCCAUCCAGUCAAGAUCUCGACGAGGUUCAAGAGCAAGUGGCCGUCCUGCGGGUCCUUCGACUCGCGCAUCAACUUGUGUAGAAGACAUGAACGAAUAUGUGGUCGCGCUGUCACAGAGCAGAGGUAGCGGAACAGAAGUUGGUAUCGCGGUACAUAGCUUGAGUACUGGUUAUGUUGCCGACACCCCUUUCUUUCAGAAAACCCUUCAACACUUAACCCUUCAUCCUCCUUGCACUGUUCUGGUGCCCGAGAACCGCAAUCAAGCUGGAGAGAAUAUACCUUCCGGAACUCAAUUGAUCGAGGAAGUCGAAGAUUCCUUUGAGCUCGAAUGCGUGACCCUUCCCCGGGAAUACUGGAAUCGAGAGAAGGGUUACGAUGAUAUCCUUCGGCUCGCUGUGCGCGAUGAAGUCCAAACUUCAACUCUUAUGGCAACUGAAGAAAAGUACUACGCAUUAUGCGCCAUUUCGGCUCUCUUCAAGUUCCUUGAAGUCCGACAAGGAUUGAAAUACCCCAAAGAAGCGUUAAAAAUUCGAUAUGCAAGCUCAGAAGGCACAAUGUUCAUGGACACCGAUACAGCCAAAAACUUGGAGUUGGUGAAGAACACAUUGACCAACACUACCAAAGACACCCUUUAUGGCAUACUCAACAAAUGCUUCACCCCCAUGGGCUCUCGUCUGUUACGAGGAAACAUCCUUCAACCUAGUAACAUCCAACAUACGAUUGAAGGACGACUGGAUGCCGUGCAAGAUGGUCUCAAGGCACUAGGCAGUACCGAUCUCGAUACAUUAAUACUUCAAGCUUCCCGAAAGAGACAGGGAUCUGUCACAGUAGUGGAGACGGAAGCUCGAAUCUCCAUUCUUCUGCAACUGCAAAAGUAUAUCCAAGCUACGAAAAGUAUACAAGAAGAAAUGACUUUGGGGAAGUGCAGAAUGCUCGUUGAGAUCCAGAAGGUAAGCAAAGGGGUGAAUAGCCAUACCGCUGAUUCGUUAGGAAAUGUCCGAUCCGAUGCUCUCGGAAAUUGA